AUGAAGGCAUAUCAACGGCUGAUCUUCCAGGCGACUUCAUCAAAUUUCCAAUUAGGAUUUUGGCAUUCUUCAAUUAAGCUUUUGCAAGGUACCAUACUUGCCCAAACCCUAAAUCCAAAAUCCAGGGGAGCCUUCGCUGAAUCAGAAGCUGAAACUAUGUCGUACGACGACGUAGAGAUCGAAGACAUGGAGUGGAACGAGGAGCUGCAGGCGUACACGUACCCGUGCCCGUGCGGGGACUUGUUUCAGAUCACAAGGGACGACCUGAAAUUGGGGGAAGAGAUCGCUCGGUGCCCUAGCUGCUCUCUCUACAUCACCGUCAUUUACAACAUCGAAGAUUUCUUGGAUAAGAAGAGCAACAAGCCCCUCGAGCCCUCCAAGCAGCAACCAAUCACUGUCGCGUAAAAUUUCAGAUGACCUUAUCUUGAGAUUGCAAAGUGGGCGGAAGGAUUCUUCCCGAGUUUUGUUCGAUAUUUAACUAGAUAUGAAGUGUCCAAUUGAGGGUGAGUAAUAUUUUUGUAUUCAACCUGCAAAGGAAGAAGUAGAAUGUGAUAUUCUAACACUAGUAAACAUAAAAAGAGAAAUCAUCUUAGUCAUUUAAAAGAAUCUGAAUGUGUGUUUGGAUCUCAAUGUAUUAUUACUCUUCUGAUGGGGAGUCAAAUACCCCGUCGUGGCUGGUGUGGGAGAGAUUGUAACAUGUAAGCGUGUAUAUAUUAUCCUAUCAGUAUCUCUCUCAUCAUGAGACGUGUCAAAGAAAAAACAAUUUGAUAUCAA